GGCCUGGAAUCUGAUGCAGAUGCGUGUCAUGUAAGUGAAAGUUGGAGGUUUCUUUCCUGCACCUCCCAGAAAUAGGUCCUAGUGGUUCCCACUCCAAACCUCUCCAAUUCAGGACUUAAGUUUCCUGCAGAGAAAUGAGACAGGGAACAAGCUGGGUCCCCAGUUCUGGCACCUUGCCCCUCUAUGUGCUCAUGACCUGUCCCAGGCUGGUGCUAAGCAGUGUCAUGAGUCUGGACCAAGUGAGAGAUUAACUCCUGGGCAUGGGGGCACUUUGGGACUGGGAAGGGAGAGGAAUGACAAGUCCAAGUCCACCAACAGAGAGGGGCAGCUGCUAUCCGUGACAGCUCCCUCCUCCUGGGAGACCAUGACAUAAGUGGUUGGGAACACAGGCCUAGAAAGACAGCCAGGACGGGGGCCUGGGCAAGCCUGGCCUGUGCCAAGCACCUGCUUCAGCCAGCCAGGCUCCGCCUCCUCAGCCCCUACCGCCACCCUGUCACAUUUAACACUCCUGGGGCUUGAGUACACUCCCUCUGGACUUUGGCCUUGGCUGUGGCUUAGUGUGAGAGCCUGGAAAGACUGGAAGCAAAGUUUCUCAAAGCGAAAGAAGCUGUGGACAUUGUGAUAUCCAACAGCUUUCCCCAAAGGAGCCUAGGCUGCCACCCGUAGGUCACUUGAGCUCUGGCCAUGUGGCUGCCUCUGCUGCUGGGCGCCUUGCUCUGGGCAGUGCUGUGGUUGCUCUGGGACCGUCAGAGCCUGCCCGCCAGCGAUGCCUUUGUCUUCAUCACCGGCUGUGACUCAGGCUUUGGGCGGCUUCUGGCACUGCGACUGGACCAGAAGGGCUUCCGUGUCCUGGCCGGCUGCCUGACCCCUUCAGGAGCUGAGGACCUACAGCAGGUGGCCUCCUCCCGUCUCCACACCACCCUGCUGGAUGUCACUGACCCCCAUAGUAUCCAGCAGGCAGCCAAAUGGGUGGAGACACAUGUUGGGGGAGCAGGGCUUUUUGGUCUGGUGAACAACGCUGGUGUGGCUGGGAUCAUCGGGCCCACACCAUGGCUGACACAGGAUGAUUUCCAUCGGGUGCUGAGGGUGAACACGUUGGGUCCUAUUGGAGUCACCCUUGCCCUGCUACCUCUGCUGCAACAGGCCCAGGGCCGGGUGGUCAACAUUACCAGCGUCCUGGGUCGCCUGGCAGCCAGUGGCGGUGGCUAUUGUGUCUCCAAGUUUGGCCUGGAGGCCUUCUCUGACAGCCUGAGGAGAGAUGUGACUCCUUUUGGGAUACAAGUCUCCAUUGUAGAGCCUGGCUUCUUCCGAACUCCUGUGACCAGCUUGGAGAGUCUGGAGGAUGCCCUGCAGGCUUGCUGGGCACGGCUACCUCCUGCAACACGGGCCUGCUAUGGGGAGGCCUUCCUCACCAAGUACCUGCAAGUACAAAAGCGCAUCAUGACCCUUAUCUGUGACCCGGACCUGACCAAGGUGAGCAGGUGCCUGGAGCAUGCCCUGACUGCUCGUCACCCCCGUACCCGCUACAGCCCAGGCUGGGACGCUAAGCUCCUCUGGCUGCCGGCUUCCUACCUGCCAGCCAGCCUGGUGGAUGCUGUGCUCACCUGGGUCCUUCCCAAGCCUGCCCAGGCAGUCUCCUGAAUGUAGCCUUUCAGCAAGAGAUUGUUCUCCAAGGGCAA